AUGUCCACUCAGUGGCCCCAGAGGGGGCUUCUGGGUUCCUUCAACUCUACCUCCACAGGCACCACUCAUCCUGAGCUGGCCACCAACCAGACGGGGCCUUGGUGCCUGCACGUGUCUAUCCCGGAAGGCCUCUUCCUCAUCCUGGGGCUGGUGAGUGUGGUGGAGAACGUGCUGGUCAUGACAGCCAUUGUGAAAAAUCGCAACCUGCACUCACCCAUGUAUUACUUCAUCUGCUGCCUGGCCCUGUCUGACCUCAUGGUAAGUAUAAGCACCAUGCUGGAGACUGCUAUCAUCCUGCUACUGCAGGCGGAUGCCCUGGUGGCCCCUGUUGCUGUAAUGCGACAACUGGACAAUGUCAUUGACGUGCUCAUCUGCAGCUCCAUGGUGUCCAGUCUUUGCUUCCUUGGUGUCAUUGCCACAGACCGCUACAUUUCUAUCUUCUAUGCACUGCGUUACCACAGCAUUGUGACACUGUCCCGGACACGAUGGGCCAUCGUGGGCAUCUGGGUGGCCAGCAUUUUCUCCAGCAGCCUCUUUAUCACCUACUACAAGCACACAGGUGUCCUCAUCUGCCUUGUCACUUUGUUCCUAGCCAUGCUGGCACUCAUGGUGAGUCUGUAUGUCCACAUGCUCACUCGAGCAUACCAACACGCUCAGAGAAUUGCCCAGCUCCACAAGAGGCAGCACUCCAUGUGCCAAGGCUUCUGCCUUAAAGGCGCCAUCACCCUUACUAUCCUUCUGGGAAUUUUCUUCCUGUGCUGGGGCCCCUUCUUCCUGCAUCUCUUGCUCAUCGUCCUCUGCCCGAAGCACCCCACCUGCGGCUGCAUCUUUAAGAACUUCAACCUCUAUCUCAUCCUCAUCAUCUUCAGCUCCAUCGUUGACCCCCUCAUCUAUGCUUUCUGCAGCCAGGAGCUCCGCAUGACACUCAAGGAGAUGCUGCUGUGCUCCUGGUGA